ACGGAGAGCAACGAUAAAUCCGAAGAUUUCGACUCUCCAUGGAGACAGUCAAUGGAAUUAACCGAAGUCACAUCCGAAAAAAACGCAGCAAAAAUUAUAUUUGCAACCGACGAUUUUUACGGCGUGGCUGAAAAUCUACUUAAAAAUGAUGAUCCUGUAUGCAAUGAACACAUGAUGUUCAAUAACAAAACCAACAACAUUGUCGACGGAUGGAAAACCCAAAAAAUGCGAAAUAAACGGCAUAAUUUUGUUAUUAUCAAGUUGGCCGGUGCAACUCGUAUAAUUUCCAUUUUCAUAAACACUGCCUGCUUUAUCAACGAGUUUUCAGAAAUUUCCGUACAAGGCAAAAUGCUAACCGAACGUUCGUGAGA